UUCAGGAAUUUGUAAUGGAUGUAAGAAAAAGUGUAAUGACCUAAUUCCAAAUACACCAGAAGAAAAUGAAUGUUAUAAUGAGUACAUUGAUCAAGUUGACCAAGAAAGUACAUAUGAAUCUUGAUACAAAUUGAGAGAACAUCCUAUCCAACAAUUUGAAAAUAAUAAAGAGGAUAAAUCGAAACAAGUAUGUUUGAAGAAUAUAGAAGAGGAUUGUUUUGACAGUACAUCCGAAGGAACCCAGUUUUCACAACAUCUAUCUCAGAUUUCUAACUGGAGUGAUACUAUUGACACAAACACAUUAGAAGUGGCAAAUGAAGUAAUUGAUCUUGCUAGUAGAGGAAAAUCAAGUCCCCUUAGAGGCCAAUUACGUACCAACAUAGACGAGGCUAAAUUGAGUACAAUCAGGUACUAUAAACGUAAAGCAGAAGAAUCUGUGGACUCAGUUCUCAAUCUUAUUGCACCUGGGCAAUCACAAGAACUAAAGAAAUUAAUCAUGCCAGAAAUGAUAACCAGUAAAACACCAACAGAGUCUGAUCUCACAAACUCAGUUUUGAAAUUAUAUGAGGAAACCACAAACAGUAAUUUAAAAUCACAAAUUCUUUCAGUUAUAGCAAGGAAGAUGACAAAACAGGAACUGUUAAAACACAUACCAGAUUUAACUGUUUACAAAAUAGACCAAGCAAGAUUGUUAUCUGUUACUCAAGGAAUCACUAUACCAGAAAAAGUUAAACAACCACGAAGCAGAAUGGAUCAAGUCAAGCUUCAACAUGCCUUAGACUUCUUUUUUGAUCCAUGUUUUGUCCAAAUUGUUUCAUUUGGGACUAGGAAUAUCAAUUUAGAUACUGGAGAACACAUAACAAUUCCUGAUGUUGCAAGAACCUCUUGCCAUUCUCAAAUUAUUCAGAUGUAUGAAGUUUACUGUAAAGACACAGCUUUUGAACCUUUAGGUAGAUCAACUUUAUUUUACAUCUUGAAGGCUUGUGCAGCAUCAAAGAGAACAAAUCUUCAUGGGCUGGACAACAUUGCAGCAGAGGGAGUUGAAGGCUAUCAGGCAUUACAUGCAUAUGAGUGUACAGAUAAACUUAAAGAGAUAAAUAUUAUAUCUACUGAACAGCAUACUGAAUUAAGCAAUAUGUUAACUGCUAGCAAAGUAUACAUGAAAACUGAUUUCAGGCUACAUGUACAAGAAUCUGAUAUGUGUGCUGACCAUUGUAUUAAAUGGAGUCUUAGUGAUCCUAAGGAUGAAAACUUCCAGUCUAAAUGUAAUCAUACACAUAGUUUGCAUUGCGAUAGAUGUCAAAUUCUGAAAGAAAUAGAGUUGAAAUUAAAGAUCCUUAUAGCAAAUUUUGAAGACACAGAUUUGAAAGAAGAACACACCAAGAGAUUGUCAGAUGCCACCACACAAAUAUAUAAUUGGAAGUCACAUAUUGUUAGAACAGUAAAUCAAGACAGGUUUAGAAUAAAUAUGCUUGAAUCACUAGAAACACACCAGGCCAUGUUAGUAAUGGACUGGGCUAUGAAGUUCUUGCCACUCAAAUACAGAGAAAAGCAAACAGAUUGGUUUGGGCAAAGAGGUAAAAACUGGCAUGUCACUGUUUGCAUUUUUAAAGAUCAAGAAAAUGCAAUGAAACAUAAGACCUUCACUCAUGUAUUAGAUUCAGCAAAACAAGACUGGUUAAGUGUGACAUCUUUGUUGGAGAAUGUUUUAGUAACAAUGAAAGAGCAGCUUCCACACAUCACAGAGAUUAUGUUACGAUCUGACAACGCAGGAUGCUAUCACUGUGGCCAUAUGUGGUUAUGUUUACCAGAAAUAAUUAAACAAACAGGAAUACAGAUAAAACAUUACUGCUAUUCAGAGCCACAAGCUGGUAAAUCGUACUGUGACUCCAAGAUAGCCCAUAUGAGGACGAAGAUGAAGACCUAUGUAGCCAAUGGAAAUAAUAAUUUGUCUGCUUCAGACAUGAAAACUGCCCUUGAUUUUGGAAUAGGUGUUGCAGGAUGUCAAGUUUCCACUGUACAAAUAGAUCUGUCAAAACAAAAACUUGUCAGUCACAAAAUAAAGAAAAUAAAUAGUUAUAAUGAUGUCCAAGUUUCUGAACAGGGUUUAGUUUUGAGGAAAGCCUAUGGCAUCGGAACAGGAAACUUAAUAUCUUUUAAUGAAAUGGCUGAACUUUCUAAUAACAAGCUAAUAGAGCACAGAUCAGGAUGCAUUGUUCACGAAGCAUUCAAAGUGCCUUCAACACCAGCAGGAAAUAUCAAAACAGUUGCUAAAAAUACGGGUAAUGCAACUGUAACCUGUCCUGUAAAGAUACUGAAAGUCUUCAUCAAAAUGGAACUAAUGAUGCUUUAUUCUUUUGUCCAGAAGUUGGUUGCAUUAGAAAAUUUAUUACCUAUAAAGGAAUGGAAAAUCAUGUUCUCUGUGGAAAACAUUCUUUACAGCUAG